AGGCCAAGAAGGGAACCAACCGAGCGAGGAGGCGCAGAGAGGAGGAGGAGGGACGACGUGCAACGACCGAUGGCGAGGACGACGACCAGGGUGUGCCUGCUUCUGCUGCUGCUCGUCUCGACGGCCACGGCGACGGCGCGUGUGCAGCACCGGGAGAUGGCGGAAGAGGGAACGAGCCCGGCUGCCGACAGCGCCCCGGCCGAGCAGGAGCCCCCGAGUGGCCACCUCGGCUACCGCAUCGUCACGGGCCUCAUCGAGAAGGCUACCGGCAAGAGCGCCCGCCUGGACCUGGAGCAAGAGGAGAAAGUUCUUUAGCCAUUUUCCUCCCGUUUGCGGUUAACAAGAAGAUGCGAUCGCGCAUCGCCGGCAUGCUGUUUGACUGAAUGUCGUAAUGUACUUCUGCCAAAAAUGAUAAGUUCUUUUCCUGUUGUUCACAAUAUUCACAAAGACUGUUUUUCUCCAUUUUGCAACCUGUUUAGAACAGCUAGAGAAAACAAUCUAGCUAUAUAUAUGUAAGUCGCCUGAUUUCUAAAUGUGGGUAAGUCAAUUUUGAUCGUUG